AUGAGUACACUUGUUGUCAUUGAUAAAAGGCUUCUUGUUACAUAUCCAUCAGAAGCUGCCCUUGAAGUGCUUUUUGAGGAAACAAGUCAACUUGAAAUUUUGAGAGAACUGGAUGGAGCCUUUCAAUCUGGUAGUAUUCUGGAAGCAGGAUGCCAGGGUGAGCUGGUUGCAAGAUUAGCUGCUCGAAUAAAAUUGAUCAGUAACGAUGAGGAAGUUGUUGAAUUAGUCGAACAUCCUGUUGCGGGAGAGUAUAUUAAGGGAAUGAUUAUCUUUCUCAUUUUUUAA